GCGAUUUUCGCUUGACAUGUCACUGUUAUGUUGUACAGAACCAAUGUUAAUUUGUUGAUCGAUCAUAUAUCGAGAACGCGUGAAUUUUUUUUUGUCUUUCAUCACCCUCAAGAUAAGUCAGCGCAAUGGAUCACAAACGAAUGAAAAUCGACAACCCAACUUUGGAACCGUUGAACAAUACCUGUGAUGAUUUAACGGUGUCUGAAGGAUCAAACGAUAUGACAAAUCUACCCAAUCUACCACUCGAAUUCACCGGCACAAAACUACACGAUUUGAAUGAAGAUUGUCUUCUGGAAAUCUUUCAAUUGAAGACACUUGACUUGUAUGAUGUCUGUUCAUUGGCAGAUACCUGCAAACGAUUCCGGCAAAUUGUUCACCGGAUUGCUCCGAAAGAAUUGGAGAUUUGGCAGAGUUUCGAAAAAAACGAUUGCUACCAAAUUAAACUGGAAAUCACGGAAUACAAAAUCUUCAAUGCAGCGGAAAAACGUUUGGAUAAACCAUGCGAGUUCGUCAUGAUAAAGAGAAUAUUCGCAAAUUUCGGAUCGAAUUUAGUUUCAGUUUUGAUCCGGUCUCGUAGGGGUCUCCAUUGUCAUCUGACUGAUCAAGUAGCAUUGCAUUGCAAGGAGAAAUUGAAACAUUUGUCGCUGCAAUGCCAAGAAUUUAGUCAAUAUCGGGCCAUUGAAAUGCAACCAAUCUUCAAGAAUUUGAAAUCUUUAAAAUUCUAUUCGUUGCACCUGCUCGCCGAUGCGAAACUGUUCGCUGGAAUGGAUUCAUUGGUAGAGCUGGAACUGGUUAGUGUAGAAAAUGGCGUUGAAAUAUUGGAAAAUACGUUCCCUAAAUUGGAACGAUUCAGAUAUGUCAAAGGUAUUACGAACAAACACCAGCUGCGCGAAUAUCAAUUGAUGAGCUCAUUGUUAUCCUUCAUUGUACGUCACAACGAUCUGAAAAUUCUGCAAUUUUCUGGCCACAUUAGUAAAGACUCUGCAAUGAUUUUUUGUCAAACGAUUGUACACAAUUGCAAGGAGUUAGAUACAUUUAUGCUCGGAUGUAGCACAACGCGGACCUCAUAUUGCAUUAAAAUAUUGACACAAUUAAAAUCGCUGAGAAAUCUCUACCUGGAGCAUCAGUCAUAUUCAGAUCUGAAAGUUUUCGCGCCGAUGAAAGAAUUGAGACAUUUGAAUUUAUCGAACUGCGGUCUGCCACUUGAUCUGAAUCAAUUCGAUUCGUGGGCUCACUUAACGAAAAUAUUCCUUUCCACACCAAAUGACUUCAGAUCGUUUGAUGUGGUUGGGGUAAUUAAGCACUUAACGAAUAUUGAAGAAUUGGAGUUGUACGCUUCCAAUAAAUACAUUUUGGACGAAGAAACGGUUUGCGAAAUCGUUGCGGUCGUCUGUCGACGAGUUCAAUUGCUACGACUGAAAUGUUUAUACGAUUUCGAUUGGAAGGAGUUUGAUGCAGGCGAGAAGCUACAACUGCUGCAAACAAUUACGUUUCAUUAAUAAAGAACAACUUC